AUGGAUCUUCUGGAUCAGAAUGGAGAAGCCGAUGAGUUGAGAGACGAGUACGGUUCACCCCGUCGUUUUAGAUCACCUACGAGGACACCUCCCCCGGGUCAAAGAAUGAUCAAAUCAAUGUCCACCCAAUCUACACCCAGUCAUCGGAGAAAUUUUCAUCAUGAAGAGUGGCGGCCUCCCGUGAUGGCUGAAAUGGAAACGAGCAGUACUGUCAAAAGAAGUGCAACAAUGACAGCUAUUCCACAAGCCCAGAGGCGGCAUGAUAUUCUUGUUGGCUCAAAGACGCAUGAGCUUUGGUCGCACCCGAUGGAAUGUCUAAAGCUCACUGUCCGAGAACUCUCCCACAUUCGCCAAGUCUUCUCAAGAGCUGAAAUCGAAAAGUUUCACUCACAGAAUCAGACAAAACUCUACGAACUGCUUUCGAAGGAGCAAAUCUGCCUAAACUGCAAAAUCCAAAGGUUCAAUUGGAUGAGCUGGGCGUAUCCCUGCGAUAUCUGUGCGGCUAAAGUCUGCAAAAAAUGCCUCAGAAAAGUAGCAUCCCCAGUGGAUGAAGUGCAAGAGGCGGCUGCGUACAUGCUUUAUCCCUUGGACACUCCUGAAAAUCAGGUCAAUUGGGACGAAGGUGGAAAGAAACUGUCAGUAUGCGACAGUUGCGUCGAACUACUGUCGCACUUAGUUGAAAACGCGAGGAAAGCGCUAGAAGCCCGAGGUCGCCAGUCAAUGGUGUCGAGAAAAACGCUGUAUCCUACGCAUCAAUAG